AGUCCACACAGAACUGUGGCGCUCCCACCUCCUCGAGCCUCCUCUCACUCGGGGUUUGAUUCUGCACAAACUAAACUUCAGACGGUUGAUUCUCUUCGUUUAAUCCAAACAAGUUUUGGAUUUUUAUCUUGUUCUUGUGAUUCGCUGCCAAACAUUUUUGGUCUUUCAGGAAAUACUUUGUGCUUUCUGAUUGUGUCUCUUUCAAGAGGACAGCUGUCCCGCUGCAUUUAACACUUUGAGCCUAAAUGGAUGAAGUCCGCCGGCUGUUUGGCCCCGUGGGCCGCGUCCGCUCCGACAGCCUCUCCAGCGACGCCACGCAGUCCACGGGCAGCAAACUGGUUCUGCGCCAUCGGGUCAACCAGCUGAUGACAUGCGUGGAAGACUUGGACCCCAAAAACGAGCUGUAUGAGAAAAUGUUCAAGACGCUGUAUAACGCCUUCCUCGUCUGUGGGAAGAGAGACGACAAGAAGAAGAAGAGUUUCAGGCUUCACAUGGUGACGUGGAACGUGGCCACAGUUGAUCCUCCAGAUGACGUGACUCUGCUUCUGCAUCUGAACUCCCCAAAGAGCCCAGACCUCUACGUCAUCGGUUUGCAGGAGGUGUACUCGGGGCCUUUGAGGUUCAUGUCGGACUCUGUAUUCGAUGACCCCUGGAGUCAGAUGUUUAUGGCCACCUUGGCACCACGGAAUUAUGUUAAGGUGUCGUCCAUCAGGAUGCAGGGUCUGCUGCUGCUCUUCUUCUCCAGACUGGAGCACGUCCCCUUCAUCAGAGACAUCCAGGCCACAUACACACGCACAGGCAUUUUGGGUUACUGGGGUAACAAAGGGGGCGUGUCUGUGCGUCUGUCUUUCUACGGACACAUGCUCUGUUUCCUCAACUGUCACCUGGCGGCACAUAUGAACUACGCCACGGAGAGAGUGGAUGAGUUCGAGUACAUCAUGGACAAGCAGGUCUUUGACGGUAAAAAGGCUCCGAGAAUUGUUGACCACAGGCUGGUGUUCUGGUUUGGAGAUCUGAACUUCAGAAUCCAGGACCAUGGUAUGCACUUUGUCCGCUCCUGCAUCAACAAUCAAACCUACAACCUGCUGUGGAGCAACGACCAGCUGACCAUGAUGAAGAAGAAGGAGCAGCUGCUGCAGGAGUUUGAAGAAGGGCCUCUGGACUUUCAGCCCACGUACAAGUUUGACUUGAACACCGAUACUUAUGACAGCAGGCUCUACAGGACUUGGUUUGGCUUUAACGGUAAGAAGCGUAAACCCGCCUGGACCGACAGGAUCCUGUGGCGGCUCCACCCCGCAGCCCCGCCCCCCGACCAGCAGGAUGAAAACACUGGACUGGAUGUGAAGAAGGAAGAGGAAGAGGAAGAGGAGUACCCGCUGAAGAUCAGACAGGACUCAUACACCAGCAACAUGGAGUACAGCAUCAGUGACCACAAGCCUGUCAUCAGCGUCUUCACUCUGGAGCUGAGGAAGAUGUACGAGGCUCCUCUGGUGCGUCUGCAGGCUGAGGGCGACUGGAGCGCCGACAUUGACGCCACGGUCCUAUACACCCCCCUGCAGCCCUUCCCCUCCAGCACGUGGGACUGGAUCGGCCUCUUUAAGGUUGGAUUCAGCAGCGUGUCGGACUACAUCACUUACACGUGGGUCAAAGACGACGAAGUGGCCUUCGAUGAGGAAGUCAUGCAGGUUUAUGUCAGUAAAGAGGAGAUCCCUGUGCGGGGGGGAGAGUGUGUGCUGUGCUACUACAGCGGCUCUCUGCGCUGCAUCAUCGGAGUCAGCGAGCCGUUCAAGGUCCAGGAGUCCAAGGUCGCCAGCGAGGAAGGCCUGGAGCCCGAGAAGAUCAACGGACUCGACCAAACCGUCGCCAGCGAAGAGUGCUGGCAGUGAUCUGUCAGUGCGGAGGGAUCUGGAAGUAGUUCUGUCUGAACCACAGCAAAGCUUUUCAUUACUGUGUUUCCUGAAUGUUCAUACUGCUCCUCACCGUCUGUGUGUGACUCCGCCCUGUGUGUGACUCCGCUCUGUGUGUGACACCGCUCUGUGUGUGACUCCGCUCUGUGUGUGACUCCGCCCUGUGUGUGACUCCGCCCUGUGUGUGACUCCGCUCUGUG